AUGCAUUUCCAUGCUUUUCUGGACCACAACUCCCGGCAUGCCGCCUGUCCGGGCGGCGCGGCCCGGAGCUGGUUUGACGGGCGGAGCGGCGGCAGAGGAUGGAGGCGGUGGUGUUCCUCUUCUCGCUCCUCGACUGUUGUGCGCUCAUCUUCCUCUCUGUCUACUUCAUCAUUACACUGUCUGAUUUAGAAUGUGAUUACAUUAACGCUAGAUCAUGUUGCUCAAAAUUAAACAAGUGGGUGAUACCAGAGUUGGUUGGCCACACCAUUGUCACUGUGCUGAUGCUUGUCUCCUUGCACUGGGUCAUCUUCCUUCUCAACUUACCUGUUGCCACAUGGAAUAUAUAUAGGUUCAUUAUGGUGCCAAGCGGUAACAUGGGAGUAUUUGAUCCAACAGAAAUACACAACCGGGGACAGUUAAAGUCACACAUGAAAGAAGCCAUGAUCAAGCUUGGUUUCUACCUACUCUGUUUCUUCAUGUAUCUCUACAGUAUGAUUCUAGCGUUGAUAAAUGACUGAAGCUGGAGUAGCCGGUUGAAGCCAGCCUACACUACACCCUGCACAAUCGAGGAGCCAGAGACUAAAACCACCCUUAGAACCGUGACCAGAGCAGUAUAUAUUUUGGUCUUUGAACAAAAGAACUAUUUUUGCUGUAUUUUUACCACAUAAAGUAUUUAAAAAAAUAAAUUGAGUUUUUGUAGAUUUCUGAUUUCUCAACCCCAACACAUGAAGGUGUUUUGUCUCCUCUGUGGCUGUUUGGUAGAAGUAGGAAUAUAUGCCAGCUUUGCAUGCCAAAGAGAUAAAGGACAUACCUGAGAGUCCUUAAUCCAGUGUUCUCAACCUGGGGGUCGCACCACCCCUUUAGGGAUCAAAUGACUCACAGGGGUCACCUAAGACCACUGAAAACCUAUUUACAUUGUGAUUCCUAACAGUAGCAAAAUUACAGUUAUGAAGUAACAACAGAAAUGAUUUUAUGGCUGGGGGUUACAACAUGAGGAACUGUGGCACAGCAUUAGAAGGUUAGAACCACCUUAGUAGAUGGCCGACUGUCUGAAAAGCCAGAGCAGAAAGCAACACAGCUAACCUGGACAAAUGAAGAAAGUCACGUUAAUGUCGCCCACGGAUCUGAAGACAUUUCAGCUAAGCCUUUCAAUAGAAAAUGACGUUUUAAAAUAUAUUUAUUUGCAGUAUUUGAAACCUUAUGAGCCAUGUGCCCAAGUACAAUGUAAGUCCUGCUUACAGAAAGGGAAAGUAAAUUUAAAAUCAAGAUUCUAUUAAGGGCUUUCAUUUUAAAGCUUGUACCUCCAUAAUCAUCCCCACCUCUGUCUAAUCACCUCAGCUCUUGCCAGACCUUAUUUUUGCACUGUAACUGUUCCAUUUAUAUUUGAUUUCUUUAAUAAUAUGUUUUAAUGGAUUUGGAGAAGUGAUUUGGUAGAGUCACCCCACGUCAGAAUGAGGAAAUCGGUCAGUCAUUGUUAAACAACGGAACAAGAACAGCCUGCGAGUUGUUCACUUGUGCGGAAUUCACCGCAGCUCCUUUCUCUGGCACCGACCACACUGUGGACUGGGAACCCAGCGGAGCCACUGUGCGCACGUGGCAGUACCUAGCUCCUCCGGGAGAAAGCCCUUGCUCUGGGUCAGAGCAGGCGGUUAGCCUAGUCUGUGCUUAUCAUAUCUCGCAGGGUGGUGUGAAUCUGGCAAUCCACCCUCUUUCCUAGUUGUACUUUGGUAUCAUAAGCACUGACACGUAAGGAAGCGUGACUGCACACUCUGGCAUAAUGAACCCUGGUGGCAGAACAAAGUGUGUGGUUCUCCAAAAGAUCAAAUGUUUAAAUGUUGCCUGUCUUACUGAGGUGGUAGAAGGGCCAGGAUACUGGCUUCCCUGUUAGAAUGGGACCUGUGCUCUGACCGCAGAGGAAGGAAGGAUUGGGAUGGCAUGCAAAGGAAACUUGGUUCCCUGGCCUCGUGAAAGCAGGGAAACUCUCCCUGUAAUAAUCUUGUGUUUCUGCUUAGAAAAGCAGCCACAACAAAGGAGUUGUUAUAUGUUCUCGUACCUUUCCCUCUGGGGCACCUUCUGCUUACAGCUCCGCCCUACCUUCCAGUGUCCUCAGUGUUUGUUAUUCAAGCUUUUCAAACACACCUGCUGGGGGCUUCGUAGGACACACACAAUGGAGGGCUUUUGUCUAAAAUGUUUUGAGUUUAACCCAAACUGAAAGCCAAGUAGCUAAGUACCUUGGGCUGUCGGUUACUUGUCUUGUUGGGCAGAAGCUGGAGGAGUGAAUGAGAAAGCUGCCUUGUCUAUAAAGACCCAACUUAACUCUGAACCACUAGUUACAAACGAAUGCCCUUCAUUCCUCAUAACGCUUGUGUGUAUCAAAGCUGGGAAAGAAUGUUAUUGUGGGGGAGAGGGUUGGAGGGAGGAGGAUGCUUUUAUAAAUGCUGAGAAAGAGAACAGGAGUGCUGGCCCUAAGUGGCUGUGGCUCUGAUACCUGUGGUGCCACUGUGUAGUGAUCAGAGUGAAGACCUUUGAGAUCAUGUGCUCCGGCAUUUUCAUCUCAGAAAGAGAGAAAGCAGAGGCCUAGAGGUUGUGAGCGGUCUCAAAGGUAUGACCAUGGGGGUUCAGCUCAGUGUCCUCUCACACCCUCUUCCCAGCCCUCUUUAAAGCUCUAACACGGAGAGCCUGGCCAGUGCAGCCACACCUGUCCUGUCCCCCUUUCCCAGACUUUUAACCAUAGCAGAUGCUGUGUCUAGAGCUGGAAGUAAAGCCCAAGAUGCAGUCCCACUCCUCACAUCUAGCAGGUCCCCUUUUGUGCCUGCUGCCCAAGAAGACAGUGUAGCAAGAGCCCAGCGGCUUCCUUCUGACCCGGUCUGACUUUAAACCUCUGUGCUGUUUCCUCUGGGAAGUAUUCACCACUUUCCAUGUGGCAUCUCUUGUGUGCAAACUAGAUUGUGCGCUCCUCGAGAGCAGAGUCUACUCUGAUCAUUUGUGUUGUCUACCUUUCCCUUCUGGCGCCUAAAACAGUGCCUUGCACACAGAAACAAUAAAUGGCUGUUGAAUAACAAGUUAA